AUGCACCUUGCAAACGGAACGCGAACCCGGCUAGGCUCUCGGAAGAAGGGUGAGCAAGAAGGCUCAGAAGUUGGCGGCCGCGUGCCCCGCGUCCCGCGGAACCGGGCGCUGAGGAGGGUCCAGGAGGCUGCCCCCGGGCUGGUUCUGCUCCUGCUGAGCGUCGGACGCAGGACCCGGAGAGCGGCCGCCACUGUCCCCCACCUGCGGGCUGGGUGGGGGCUGGACGGUGGAGGGGAUACAGCAAGAAAAGAAAAGAUCUAUAAGUUCUUUGCCCUCAUGGAGCUGACAGUGCAGGAUGUUUGGAGACGGGGGAUUUUAGACAACUGGACCAGACCAAUUUUGACAAAAGGGUAUAGACAGCGCCUGGAAUUAUCAGACAUAUACCAAAUCCCUUCUGCUGAUUCUGCUGACAAUCUGUCUGAAAAAUUGGAAAGAGAAUGGGACAGAGAGCUGGCAUCAAAGAAAAACCCCAAACUCAUUAAUGCUGUCCGGCGAUGCUUUUUCUGGAGAUUUAUGUUCUAUGGAAUCUUACUAUAUUUAGGGGAAGUCACCAAAGCAGUCCAGCCUCUCUUACUGGGAAGAAUCAUAGCUUCCUAUGACCCAGAUAACAAGGAGGAACGCUCCAUUGCGAUUUACCUAGCCAUAGGCUUAUGCCUACUCUUUGUCAUGAGGACGCUGCUCCUGCACCCAGCCAUUUUUGGCCUUCAUCACAUUGGAAUGCAGAUGAGAAUAGCUUUGUUUAGCUUGAUUUAUAAGAAGACUUUAAAGCUGUCAAGCCGUGUUCUGGAUAAAAUAAGUAUUGGACAACUUGUUAGUCUCCUUUCCAACAACCUGAACAAAUUUGAUGAAGGACUUGCACUGGCACAUUUUGUGUGGAUUGUUCCCUUACAAGUGACGCUCCUGAUGGGGCUGCUCUGGGAUCUGUUACAAGCCUCCGCCUUCUGUGGUCUUGCUUUCCUCAUCGUCCUUGCCGUAUUUCAAGCCGGGUUGGGAAGAAUGAUGAUGAAAUACAGAGACCAGAGAGCUGGAAAGAUCAAUGAAAGACUCGUGAUCACCUCAGAAAUGAUUGAAAAUAUCCAAUCUGUUAAAGCAUACUGCUGGGAGGAAGCAAUGGGAAAAAUGAUUGAAAACAUAAGACAAACAGAACUGAAACUGACCCGGAAGGCAGCCUAUGUGAGAUACUUCAAUAGCUCAGCCUUCUUCUUCUCAGGGUUCUUUGUGGUGUUUUUAUCUGUGCUUCCCUAUGCACUGAACAAAACAAUCAUCCUCCGAAAAAUAUUCACAACCAUCUCAUUCUGCAUCGUUUUGCGCAUGGCAGUCACUCGGCAGUUCCCCUGGGCUGUACAAACCUGGUAUGACUCCCUGGGAGCAAUAAACAAAAUACAGGAUUUCUUACAAAAGCAAGAGUAUAAGACGUUGGAAUAUAACUUAACAACUACAGAAGUAGUGAUGGAGAAUGUAACAGCCUUCUGGGAGGAGGGAUUUGGGGAAUUACUUGAGAAAGCAAAACAAAACAGUAAUGACAGAAAAAUUUCCAAUGGUGAUAACAGCCUCUUCUUCAGCAACUUCUCACUUCUUGGUGCUCCUGUCCUGAAAGACAUCAGUUUCAAGAUAGAAAGAGGACAGUUGUUGGCGGUUGCUGGAUCUACCGGAGCAGGCAAGACUUCACUUCUAAUGAUGAUUAUGGGAGAACUGGAGCCUUCAGAGGGUAAAAUUAAGCACAGUGGAAGAAUUUCAUUCUGCUCUCAGUUUUCUUGGAUCAUGCCUGGCACCAUUAAAGAAAACAUCAUCUUUGGCGUUUCCUAUGAUGAGUAUAGAUAUAGGAGUGUCAUCAAAACAUGCCAACUGGAGGAGGACAUUUCCAAGUUUGCAGAGAAGGACAAUACUGUCCUUGGAGAAGGUGGAAUCACACUGAGUGGAGGGCAGCGAGCAAGAAUUUCCUUAGCAAGAGCAGUAUAUAAAGAUGCUGAUUUAUACCUACUAGACUCUCCUUUUGGAUACCUGGAUGUUUUAACAGAAAAAGAAAUAUUUGAAAGCUGUGUCUGUAAAUUGAUGGCUAACAAAACUAGGAUUUUGGUCACUUCUAAAAUGGAACAUUUAAAGAAAGCUGACAAAAUAUUAAUUUUACAUGAAGGUAGCUGCUAUUUUUAUGGGACAUUUUCUGAAUUACAAAGUCUACGGCCUGACUUCAGCUCAAAGCUCAUGGGAUAUGAUUCUUUUGACCAGUUUAGUGAAGAAAGAAGAAAUUCAAUCAUAACUGAGACUUUACGACGUUUCUCAUUAGAAGGAGAUGCAGCUGUCUCCUGGAAUGAAACAAAAAAGCAAUCUUUUAAACAGACCGGAGAGUUUGGUGAAAAAAGGAAGAACUCUAUUCUUAAUCCAAUCAAUUCUAUCAGAAAAUUUUCGAUUGUACAAAAGACUCCAUUACAAAUGAAUGGCAUCGAAGAAAAUUCCGAUGAGCCCUUAGAGAGAAAGCUGUCCUUAGUUCCAGAUGGUGAGCAAGGAGAGGCCAUCCUGCCUCGAAGCAACAUGAUCAACACUGGCCCCACGUUUCAAAGACAACGAAGGCAGUCUGUUCUGAAUCUGAUGACGUGCUCCCCAGGAACCCAAGGUCAAAGCUUUCACCGAAGGACAGCCGCAUCCACCCGGAAAAUGUCACUGGCCCCUCAGCCAAACUUAACCGAAAUGGAUAUAUAUUCAAGACGGUUAUCUCAAGACAGUGGCUUGGAAAUAAGUGAAGAAAUUAACGAAGAAGAUUUAAAGGAGUUCUUUUUUGACGAUGUGGAGAACAUACCACCAGUGACUACAUGGAACACAUACCUUCGAUAUGUUACUAUCCACAAGAGCUUAAUUUUUGUGCUAAUUUGGUGCUUAGGUAUUUUUCUGGCUGAGGUGGCUGUUUAUUUGGUUGUGUUGUGGAUAUUUAAAACAACAGCUUGUCAAGACAAAGGGAAUAGUACUCAGAGCAUAAAUAGCAGUUAUGCAGUGAUUUUUACCAAUACCAGCGAAUAUUAUGUUUUUUAUAUUUAUGUGGGAGUAGCUGACACUUUGUUUGCUCUGGGACUCUUCAGAGGUUUACCACUGGUGCACACUCUGAUCACAGUGUCGAAAAUUUUACACCACAAAAUGUUACAUGCUGUUCUUCAAGCACCUAUGUCAACCCUCAACACGUUGAAAGCAGGUGGAAUUCUUAAUAGAUUCUCCAAAGAUAUAGCAAUUUUGGAUGAUCUUCUGCCCCUUACCAUAUUUGACUUCAUCCAGUUGUUACUAAUUGUGAUUGGAGCUAUGGUGGUAGUCUCGGCUUUGCAACCCUACAUCUUCCUAGCAACAGUGCCGGUGAUAGCAGCUUUCAUUUCACUGAGGGCUUACUUCCUCCACACCUCCCAGCAACUCAAGCAACUGGAAUCUGAAGGCAGGAGUCCAAUUUUCACUCAUCUUGUUACAAGCCUAAAAGGACUAUGGACACUUCGGGCCUUUGGUCGUCAGCCUUACUUCGAAACUUUGUUUCACAAGACUCUGAACUUACAUACUGCCAACUGGUUCUUGUACUUGUCCACUCUGCGCUGGUUCCAAAUGAGAAUGGAAAUUAUCUUUGUCAUAUUCUUCAUUGCUGUUACCUUCAUUUCCGUUUUAACAACAGGUGAAGGACAAGGAACAAUUGGUAUUACUCUAACGUUAGCCAUGAAUAUCAUGGGUACAUUGCAAUGGGCUGUAAACUCCAGCAUAGAUGUGGACAGCUUGAUGCGAUCUGUAAGCCGAGUCUUCAAGUUUAUUGACAUGCCAACAGAAGAAAGUAAACCACCCACCAAGUCAUUCAGACCAUCCAAGGAUGCCCAGCUCUCAAAAGUUUUGAUUACUGAGAAUCAUCAUGUGAGAGAUAAUAACAUCUGGCCCUCAGGGGGUCAAAUGACUGUCAAAGACCUCACAGCAAAGUAUAUAGAUGGUGGGAAUGCCAUAUUAGAGAACAUUUCCUUCUCAAUAAGUCCUGGCCAGAGGGUGGGCCUCUUGGGAAGAACUGGAUCAGGGAAGAGUACUUUGUUAUCAGCUUUUUUGAGACUGCUGAACACUGAGGGAGAAAUCCAAAUAGAUGGUGUGUCUUGGGAUUCAAUAACUUUGCAAGAGUGGAGGGAAGCCUUUGGAGUGAUCCCACAGAAAGUAUUUAUAUUCUCUGGAACAUUUAGAAAAAACUUGGAUCCCUAUGGACAGUGGAAUGAUCAAGAAAUAUGGAAAGUUGCAGAUGAGGUUGGACUCAGAUCUGUGAUAGAGCAGUUUCCUGGGAAGCUCGAUUUCGUCCUGGUGGAUGGCGGUUAUGUCCUAAGCCACGGCCACAAACAGUUGAUGUGCUUGGCCAGAUCUGUUCUCAGUAAGGCAAAGAUCUUGCUGCUUGAUGAACCCAGUGCUCAUUUGGAUCCAGUAACAUACCAAAUCAUUCGAAGAACCCUAAAACAAGCAUUUGCAGAUUGCACAGUAAUACUCUCUGAACACAGGAUAGAAGCUCUGUUGGAAUGUCAGCGAUUUUUGGUCAUAGAGGAGAACAAGGUGUGGCAGUACGAUUCCAUCCAGAAGCUGCUGAGCGAGAAGAGCGUCUUGCGGCAGGCCAUCAGCCCCUCGGACCGGCUGAGGGUCUUCCCGCACCGGAACUCGAGCCGGCACAAGUCUCAGUCCAAAAUCGCUGCUCUGAAGGAGGAGACGGAAGAAGAGGUGCAAGAAACAAGGCUUUAGAGAGCACUACAAAUAUUGGCACAGGAUGGUCGCUUGUGAAAUUGGAGGAGAACACGGUUUCUGCUCCAGAAAACAAGGAUGAGUAAUGUUUAUUUUUAAAAGGAAAAAUUUUGAUAAGAGGAAUUAAGGACGCUCAGAUCGGGUCUGGAUAAGAGGCUUCCUGGCAGUGGUCAAAUUGUGUGAAAGGUACUUCAGAUCCUUGAAGAUGUACCACUUGUGUUUGCAAGCCAGAUCUUCCUGAAAACUUUUUCCUCUCGGUGGCAGUUGGAAAGGUGGCCAUCCACGUCAGCCAGCGUAAUUUUCAACUUACUGUUUAGUGAGACUUGCUAAUUUGUAGUAUUGGAGGAGAACUGUAAUCAUACUACUUAGAGAUAUGAUCAAGUAAAGAUAAUUGGAAACUUUAGUGAUUUAUGUAAGUUUAUAUCCCUUUUCUCCACUCUCCCCAAGAUAUUUAAAAACACAACUCUGUCAUCUCUUCUGUGUUCAGACUGUUCUGUUUCAAAGCACAAUUAGGAUACUGCAAGAGUCACAAGUCAGCUCAUCCAAAUAUAUACCGCAUAACAUCUGGGUAUCAGGAGAGAGAACUUCCUGAUCGGGGAAAUCCGUGUUAAUACCACUCACUGCUUUACCAGAAAUCCAAAUAAUUCAGACAGUUAGAAUGCAUCCCUUACCCAGAAAGAGGGCUGUUACAGUCCCAUGUGGGGGACAGGAUAAUUCCCUUGAUGCAGAAGUUGACAUGACUUUCCCC